AUGUAUCGUAAGAUCGCCGCUCUACAAUGGAUUAUAUCCUGGUAUGGAGCUGGAAAGACCUCGACAAAUAGCAGCUUCAACAUUCCGGGCAAAAUUGCGUGGAUCACGAUGGAGGUACCUGGGUUCAUGACGGUGCUAUACAUCGUCAACACCCUCCCCGCUGAACUUGGCAUCAGCGACUUGCCGUGGCAAAACAAAGCUAUGGCUGGGCUUUUUACCAUCCACUACAUCAAUCGCGCUAUCCUAGGCCCUCUCCUCGCUCCCUCCAUGUCCCCCAUCCACCCCCUCGUCUGGAUCGCCGCCCUUGCCUUCCAACUCACCAACGGCCUCUCAAUCGGCGGCUACCUAGGCGGCUACGGUCCCACCGCGUCCUCCUCCUGGCACCUAGCGCACUCUCGCAUAGGGCUGGGACUUCUCGUAUGGACCCUCGGUCUCGCGGGGAAUAUCUACCACGAUGAAGUACUGCGCCAGAUCCGUCGGCCCUCGCAGUCUAACAAAAAGAACCCCAACGUGCACAAGGUGUACAAGAUUCCCACUGGGGGCUUGUUCAAGUAUGUUCUUUAUCCCCAUUAUUUGUGCGAGUGGAUUGAGUGGUUGGGGUUUUGGAUUAUUGGGGGUUGGGCGUGUGUGCCUGCGAGGAACUUUGUGGUUAAUGAGGUUGCCACUAUGUUGCCUAGAGCACACGCACAGGAUGAGGGUCCCCUGGAACUCCUAAAAAGAUAG